AUGGGAGAGAGUGACGAGUUUGGUUUGUAUAUUCAUCAUGAAGAAGAAAGAUUGUCUGAAUAUGAGGAUUCUGACAAAGAGGGGUUUGAAAGUAGUAACUUAGAUGGUCAAGUUGUUAGGAAUAAACACCCUAAAGCUGUGUAUGAUCCAAGGGGAGAUAUUGUAGAGUUCAAGCUUGUUCUAGGCAUGUGGUUUGAGGAUACUUUUCAGUGCAAGAAAGCACUAAUAUCAUGGAGCAUUGUUAAAGGUCAUCCAAUUCACUUUAGGAGGGUAAACAAGGAUCAGUGUGAGGCUUAUUGUGAGGAGCCUUGUAAGUGGAGAAUCUAUGCUAGUACAAACAAAAAGGAGAGGUCUAUGGUGGUGAAGGUCUUGGGUCAGGAUCACACAUGUACUUUUGCAAUUGGUAAUAAGCAAGCAAGUUAUAAGUGGCUUGGGGAAGAGUACACUAAGGUCUUCAGAGUUAGACCUCAGAUAUGUGUAGACGAGUUUAGGAAUGAUGUUAAAAGGAGAUUUAACAUAGCUAUUCCUAAUGGUCGGUUGUACAGGGCCAAGGCACAUGCAUUACAGGUGCUAAGAGGUACUGUGAAAAGACAUCACAAUAAAUUAAGGAGUUACAUUGCAGAGUUGAUGAGAGUGGACAGAGAGGGCAGAUUUGAGCUACUAUGUGAAGAUGGCACAAUAUUUCAGGGAUUGUACAUUGAGUUUUUAGCCUUUAAGAAGGGCUUUUUAGAGGGAUGUAUGCCUAUUAUUGGUCUAGAUGGGUGCCUCUUGAAAACUCACUUAGGAGGUCAACGGUUAUGUGCCAUAGGGAAGGAUGGCAAUAAUCAGAUGUACCCCAUUGCAUGGGCAGUAGUAGAAGUAGAGAACGAGGCUUGUUGGAGAUGGUUUUUAAGCUUGUUGCUGGAGGAACUUGGAAUCAGGGAUGACAAUGGAUUUACUCGUAUCUCUAAUCAACAAAAGGGCCUAACUAAUGCCGUGAAAGAGUUGGCUCCACAUGCGGAGCACAGAAACUGUGCUCGGCAUGUCUAUAUGAACCGGAAGAAACAGUUCAAGGGAGUUUCAUUGAAGAACAUGUUCUGGCAAGCUGUGAGGGCUACAUAUGUUGAGGAGUGGGAUGUAGCAAUGGCCACUCUUAAAACUGAAAAUGAGCAAGCAUAUGAUGAUAUGAUGCAGAGAGAUCCAACCAGAGAGCCCACUGAAGCUGCAUCAAGAGGAAGGGGUAGGGGCAGGCCCAAGGGCAGUGGCAAGGGUAGGGGCAGGGGCAAGGGCAAGGGCAGGGAUAUUGCAAUGGAGAGACAAGAGGGAAAUGAUAUUAAAGAUUAA